AUGGCGCCCACCGACGGAGCUGCUUCUACGGCGGCUGCAAGAAACGAAGCUCCAGCUAGCGGCGACCCAAUUCCAGGCCCAACUAUACUAUUCUGGAUGGUGUGUUUCGCGCUGAAUGCAAUGGCAGCGCCGUCCGGGUCAGACAUCGGCCUGGGGUACGAGCCUCGCUGGCUUCCGUCCCUAUCUCCAGUUAUACCGGUUUUUGACGCCAUCCAUAUUGUCGGCACCUGGCUCGUGUUAUACUACAAGUCUGGCCGGUCAUACCGUUUGGCUACGGCCGAGACAUUACUGAAUCGCGUUCUGGGCGGCAGCGGAGUCACUCAAUGGGUGCGCAAAGAGCGAGUUCGUACCGAAAUUGGUUCCGUGUUGCACGCCUUACAACAGCUCUAUCAGACUAUCCCAGCCAGGACGGGGAGUAUAUUAGCAUUUUCUGCCUUUGAUCACCAUGAAACCGCGCGGGUCAUCGCUGAGCUCCAGUUACAAAUCAUUCUCGUUCGUGACGAGUUUAACAGCUUCAUUUCCUCUGGUCGCGCCCAUCACCACAGGAAAGCCCUCGCUGGAUUGUCAAAUCUCCUCGAUGAAGAGUCCAAAGUAAACAGUCUUCUAGGGCUAUUGUUAGGCUUGAACAACCAACAUACAAAGAAAGAUGAGAUAAGCCGUCUUGUGUCAAAUUUCAAAUCCACGGUAAUCGCUGCUCAAAGAUUCAUGGGCGAUUGCGAGGUUCGGGAUCACACCAAAGCUAGAUCUGCGAUCAAGAGUCUUAUAGAGACCAUGAAUUACCGCUGGUUCUGUUUCACCCUCGGAGUUUUGCCUCAGUUUAUCAAACUCUUUGGAAGCCGCGGAAUACUAUGGUGUCAGGUUUGUGGCGCUGGCUAUCUUGCCUCUUGGGCUAUUUUUGAGGCAUUGGUAGUGGCAGCCAAGUUAAUGAACCUAGACAAACCUGACACUGAGUUGAGCAGGGCAUGGGAUUCUGAUUCGACGCGGCCCGGUAACAAUACGGAUGCGACAAAUUGUCUCAGUCUCUCUGGAACUACUGUCGAACGUGCUCAGAAUAUGCCCGUGGAUGGCUUGCCCGAAAAGAAUAUCUACCUCGAUCUUUUAUCAAUUAGUCUGGGAGCAAUGUCAGUGCUGGGUCAUACUCUGACGUGCACCUUUCUUUUUGUCGUUGGAAAAGCGCGUGCGGAUUCAUAUCAUUGCCUUGCCCUCAUGCCAAUAUGGAUCAACGACUUCAGCAACACGUUUCCACUCCUGCAUAAUUUCUCGGGGAUCGUUAAUUUCACUAUAUUUGGGAUGUCUGUGCUGGCAAUCCUGCGGCUCAGCUUCACCCUUUGCCUUGGGUGGGCUUCGGGGGAAACCACAACAAUACUUGAGAGGAAAGAUCUCUUGGUAUUCACCGGUGCAUUAGUUGCUAGUCGGGGCCUGAUUGGGACCAUUUGUGUGAGCGACAGUGCUCGAUCUAAGUUGCUGACUGGCCUGCGGGUUGUGUUUUACUGCGUCCCUACCGUAUAUUACUUUCUUGUGAGAUACGAUGAUGACGGGACUGAACUUUUGAGUUGGGCAGAAUGGCUCGGAUAG